CUAUGACUCCGCCCUUCGGCGGCCAGGUCGGUCUGGAGCCACUCGUCGGAGACGCAAACUUCUCCCCGACAGCGCAGGCAAAGCGCCCUGUGAUUGGUCCGAUGACAUCAACAGCCCGAUGUUCGGCCGCCCGAGCUCCCAUGGAAAAUGGCGCCCCAGAUUUCCUAGAACCACACCGAACUCAUUCGCACGCUUUAAAUAUCACCCUUCCCCCACGUAUCCCAAUUCCUGUUCUUCAGAAUCCAAAUACCUCAUCCUUCCAUUUCCUCCCCUCCCUUUCUCCCUUACGCACUUUCACAUCUUAGCACAAUGGCUUCUCGUCCUGCUGCCCGCGCCCUUCGCCAGGCUUCCCGCCAAUUGGCCGUGAACCCUGCGCAGAAGCGUGGCUUCGUUUCUGCCAUCAACCGCUCCUCUGCUCGCGCUGCUGUAGCUGCUGCCCCCAAGGCUGCUGUCGCCGCUCCGUUCCAGCAGCAGACCCGUGGUGUCAAGACGAUCGACUUUGCUGGCACCAAGGAGGUUGUUUAUGAACGUGAAGAUUACCCCAAGGAGAAGCUUCACGAGUUCUUCAAGAACGACACCCUUGCCCUCAUCGGUUACGGUUCCCAGGGCCACGGCCAAGGCCUCAACCUUCGCGACAACGGCCUCAACGUCAUCGUUGGUGUGCGGAAGAACGGUGCCUCUUGGAAGGAGGCCGAGCAGGAUGGCUGGGUGCCUGGCAAGAACCUGUUCGACAUUGACGAGGCCAUCAACAAGUCCACCUACGUCAUGAACUUGCUUUCCGAUGCUGCCCAGUCUGAGACCUGGCCCACCAUCAAGCCUCUUCUCACUAAGGGCAAGACCCUCUACUUCUCUCACGGUUUCUCCCCCGUCUUCAAGGACCUCACCAAGGUCGAUGUGCCCAAGGACAUUGACGUCAUUCUCGUCGCUCCCAAGGGUUCGGGCCGUACCGUGCGCAGUCUUUUCCGUGAGGGUCGCGGCAUCAACUCCUCUGUCGCCGUCUUCCAAGACAUCAGUGGCCAGGCCAAAGAGAAGGCCAUCCACCUUGGUGUCGCCGUCGGCUCCGGCUACCUCUACGAGACCACCUUUGAGAAGGAGGUCUACUCUGAUCUCUACGGCGAGCGCGGUUGCUUGAUGGGUGGCAUCCACGGCAUGUUCCUUGCUCAAUACGAAGUCCUCCGUGAGCGUGGCCACACUCCCUCAGAGGCUUUCAACGAGACCGUCGAGGAAGCUACCCAGUCUCUAUACCCUUUGAUUGGUGCCCACGGCAUGGACUACAUGUACGCCGCGUGCUCCACCACCGCUCGUCGUGGUGCCAUUGACUGGAGCAAGCGUUUCAAGGAGACGCUCAAGCCCGUCUUCAACGACCUCUACGACUCUGUCCGUGACGGAAGCGAGACCAAGCGCUCCCUCGAGUACAACUCUCAGCCUGACUACCGCGAGAAGUACAAGCAGGAGUUGGCUGAGAUUGAUGAUCUCGAGAUCUGGCGCGCCGGAAAGGCUGUUCGCAGCCUCCGCCCUGAGAACCAGAAGUAAACUCGUUCAUCGAUCGGCGUGAGUGGGCUACGAAAAAUGGGAUGUUAUUUGUAUUUGUCUGUUUGUCUGCAUGUUUUUCUUACGAAUCGUCUGGGCAAGGUGGGGCUCUCGGCGUUGGAGUUUAAAUAGUUCGCAUAUUGCAUGUACAGAGUUCCUCUUGUUCUGAAGUGGCACGUGUCUUGUGCUACCAUUACUUCAAAUGUUUUUUUUUUUCUUUUGGAUGGAAGUUACGGUAGGAAAAAAAAGUCCGCCUUACUAUUACACAUGGGAAAGGAGAAAAAUAAUUCAACCUUUGCUUCCACAAAUUCACAUUGCCCUUUCCGAAACCAUGUGACUUAUCUUUUCGCUGUUUGUAUUCAAACAAAUGCUCCCAAGUACUCUCAAAAUCGAUUCACGCCUUUGACUGGUACGUCCGAGACCAUUCCAUCCAGGCCUCGUUGUUUCUCUCAUCUUGUCAAACACCAGCAUGGCAACCCAUCCCAUUCUCAUGUCUGUCUUUUGUUUAUUUGGUCGAUUCACACAAUUCACUCAGAACAGCCUAGGUGUGCACCUAUCAUCUCAUAUAUCACUCACCUAAGCACCUACUCGAAUACAUGGGGGUAUGUGUGUAACUUUAAUUCCUGCCCAAUUGUCAGCAAGCAUUCAGCAUGAUCUCCCUAUAUCAGGUGAACCCAUGAUUCGAAAACAAAGUGAUUAAUUGAGGCAAGGGAAACCACGUUGUGUGGAUGGGGAAAAAGUCUGAGUAGUGAAUUUGUGUAUUGUUUUCUGUCGCUCUCUUUCUCUCUCUCUCUCGAUAUCUCUGCAUCGCUCAUGGAUCGUUUUGGCUCGGAAUUCUGUUCUCAAUUCCCCCUGCCCUCUUCCCCUCUCUCCCUUUCUCGUUUUUUGCUUCUUUCCUGGGUUCGACGGCUCACUCAUCGCCGUGUCGUUUUGUUCGUACAUGCUU